UGAUUAUGAAAUAUCUUUACAAUUGAAUUACAAUUAAAUGCAUUUAGGCGAUUAGUGACUCAAAUGACAUCCGGUCCACUUGUCGCAUUUCUGCUCGUUGGACGUGACGCAAUUCAGAAAGUUCGUUGCUUGGCUGGCGAUCAAGAUCCUGGUGUCGCCAAGUUGCAACAACCAGGGUCUUUGAGGGCAAUUUAUGGAAAUGAUUUUGUAACUAAUGCCGUUCAAAUUUCUGAAAGUCCUGCUUGUGUCGAGAAAGAUGCGGCCCUAUUUUUUACUACAUGCCGUACCGCACUUCCGCUUCUUGCUCCAGGAACGGCAUUAAUGACUUGUUCAACUUGUUGUGUGAUUAAACCUCACGCUGUCAAAGAGGGAGUGGCUGGCUCUAUAAUCGAUUGCAUUACACGAGCCAAUUACAAGAUCACCGCAUUCGAACUAUUUUACUUGGAUCGAACUCAUGCAGAAGAAUUUUACGAGAUUUACAAAGGAGUCAUUCCCGAAUACAGUGAUAUGACAGAAGAAUUGUCUCUUGGACCUUGUUACGUGCUAGAAAUUUCCGGUUGCGGUGAAGAUACUCCGGCCAGCUUUCGCGAAUUUGUGGGACCAAUGAAUCCAAUAAUUGCCAAGAAACUACGCCCCACCUCAAUCCGUGCGAAGUUUGGGACGUCCACAGUCAAGAACGCGGUUCAUUGUACCGAUUUAUGUCUAGAUGCUGAAAUGGAGGUGGAUUAUUUCUUCAGAAUUUUACAAAUGCUUUGA